AUGGGUCGGAAGAGUUGUGCGCGUAGAUGGUGGCGCUUUGGACAAUAUCAUUUUUCAAAAGAAGUAGCUGCUGAAUCCGUUGCCUCAGCCAUGUCUGGGCCUAGUUUUUCCUUAUUUUCUGAUUUUCAGUCUCCACUUAGUCGUAACCCUAGCAAUAGUCAUGUUGAAAAUACAACUGAAAAUGUAGAAUUAGAGGGUGGAAAAGGCAAAAAUAUUAAUGUCGCGUCAGUCGAUGNAGAAGCCGAUGUGAAUCCGUGCCUGAAACAGAGACUCAACCGCUUUGCAUUAGAUGAUUUUGUACGUGAUCUAGUGUUUAGGCCAGUUGAUAGUGGUGGGGAGAAGCAAGUAUGGAAGGAAUGGGACCGUUGUUGGGAUUUUCUUGUGCCUAUUGACUUAUAUUAUAAACCAAAGGUUGAUUGGGAUACCAAUUGCCAUGUUAUUCAUCAAUUGAAAGCGAAUUUAUCAAAGCGGCAACUUCGACUGUUUAAGAAAACAUGCUUUGGCUAUUUUUUGGAUCUGCCACCAGUGAUUGUGCAGAUUCGUGUUAUGCACCAUUUGCUUAUGAGAGAAGUACAUCAUGAGGUUAAAAAUGAGAUGCGGUUUGUAGUGAAUGAUUCUAGGUUGCGGUUUGGCUUGGGUGAAUUUGCACUUGUUACUGGGUUGAAAUGUAAGGGUGGUACAAGUAUAGAGAGCAUAGCAGAGAAUAGGUUGAUUUCAAAAUAUUUUGGGACUGCAUCCGUGACAUUUGCCCAACUAGCAGACUGUUUUAAGAAGAAGAAAUGGGAAACGGAUGAUGAUGCGUUGAAGAUAGCAGUUCUGUAUUUUGUCAACAACUUCUUAUUUUCUCAACUCAAAACAAAGGCUAUUUCACGGUCUUACAUUGACUUGGUUGAGUCUGGUGAUUUUAAUAAUUAUCCCUGGGGUAUAGAUGUUUAUAAAGCUACAAUUGACUCGUGUUCCAACAAGUUUCAAGAUAAGCCUUCUUUUUAUAGACUUGGUGGCUUCCCGUUGGCUUUACAGACUUGGUUGUAUGAAUGCUGCCCAAGUUUGGAUGGUCACUUUGCUGAUCAUCUUGGAAACAACAAACUUCCACGAAUUUUGAAAUGGGCAGUCAUGGGUCAAAUCCCGAAUGAGCGAGUUGCUUUGCAAAUGUGUAGCUUGCAACGCAAGCAGCUAAAGAACAUCACCCCAACUGAUGAUGAGAAGAAACAAUUUGAUGUGCGUGGUCUAAGCUUUGAAAUUGAAGUUGAGUGCACUGACAGCCAACCCAGCCAGCCCGAUAGCUUUCAGGUUUUUGGCACUCAAUUACCAAAGACACAAAGUAUGCCUGAAAGUACUGGAGGUGAUUCCCAACCUACCAAUGCUGAGGUAAUGAAGGAGUUACAAGCUUUGAAGCUUUUUGUAGAGAACAAGUUUGAGGAGGUGCUUGCAGCUAUUGGUAGGCAGUCAGUGAAACCAGAGGGAAAUUCAGCGCACAAGCAACAGGAUGAUGAUUUGCGUUCUGCCACCUUCGUAAAUGAGCAUGAUUUUGGCUUGGAUUCUAACUUUGAACUAUCUGCAUCUGCAAUUGAUCAAAUCACCGCUAUUACACAACAAGCAACAUAUAAGCAGUCAUCUCAUGAUGUUAAAAAGUCGGGUCCUGCUCCGCUGCCAUCAGGAAUCCCUGUACAGACACGAGCAGAUGUUGUUAUUGAGUCUAAUACUGCUCCACAGGCAUGUCGGGUUGAUGGUGUUGGUCAAGUGGAUGUUGGUGGAAGUAAUGUGAAUUUGCCUUCUGCUCCAUGUCGACACGGGGGUGAUCUUCACUUGGAUUCUGAUUUUGAAUAUACUGAUUCUCAACUUGAUCUAAUUGCUGCCAUUACACAAGGAGGGAGACGUAAUGUAAAUCAAUCUGGAAAUGAUCUGACAACUCGUGCUGUAAAUAAGUCUAAACCUGAUCAGUCGGUAUCAAGAAAUAUUGUUCAGAUACAAACAGAUGUUGAAACUACUCCUGCAGUUUUAACACGGAAAAGGCGCCCCGCAGCUGUAAAACAGUCACCAGACGGUUGA